AUGCAGGUGCUGAUAACUGGGGCGCGCACGGCGACGCUGCUGCAGCGGCUGCCCUUUCUGCCGAGCGCGGACGCGUACGUGGCAGAGAACGGCGGCCGAAUCUUUUAUCCGGACCAGACGCUGCCGACCGCCAUGCCUCUCAUGGAGGACACAAAGUGGCGCAAGUUCCACAACCCUGCCGCUGGGUCAAACCUGCAGGAGGAAAUGAAGCCGGAGGAUCGCAAGGGUACCCUGUGGGACUUCUACCGCCAGCUCGUCGCCCAAGGGUGGACGCCCGAUGUGUACAGCUACACCACCAGCUUCAGGUGCGGGCUCAAGGCGUACGGCAGCAAGACGGACGAGGAUGUCAAGGCAGCGAUGAAGGGAAUUCCCGAGGGGCUGAUCUGGGCGUUCAACCUGGGCCACGCGGACGUCUUCCCUGCCACCAGCGGCAAAGAGAACGCCGCCAAAUACCUGAUGGACAAAUUCGACGCCGCGCCCAGCUCAUCCUUCCUGCUCUGCGAUGACGACAAUGACAUUGGGCUGGCCAAUCUGCUGAGCAAGGUAUUUGUGCCGGGCUUCACAUCGGACUCUCUCAGGGAGCUCGCAGCCAAAAACCCAGACAAGUUUGUUGUUGCCCAGAAGGGCGGCAUUCUGGGCAUAGAAGAAGUCCUAGACAUGGUGGAUGACCAUUUGAACAGCUUUGUGCUGGGUUGA